UCGGAAGCUCUGCGUGGGGGAGACUGUUCCAAGAUGGCGGCGGGUUGCUGCGGGGUGAAGAAGCAGAAACUGUCCAGUUCGCCCCCCUCUGGCUCGGGUGGCGGUGGUGGCGCCUCCUCCUCCUCCCACUGCAGCGGAGAGAGCCAGUGCCGAGCUGGGGAGCUGGGACUAGGAGGCGCCGGCACGCGGCUCAACGGGCUGGGAGGUCUAGCCGGAGGAGGUAGCGGCAGUGGCUGUACCCUCUCGCCCCCCCAGGGCUGCGGCGGCGGCGGCGGCGGCGGGGGGAUUUCCCUGUCGCCACCUCCGAGCUGCGGAGUGGGGACCCUACUUUCUACCCCGGCCGCCGCCACCGCUUCCUCGCCCUCCUUGUCGUCCGCCGCCUCGUCCUCAUCGCCCGGCUCCCGGAAGAUGGUGGUGUCAGCGGAGAUGUGCUGCUUUUGCUUCGAUGUGCUCUACUGUCACCUGUACGGAUACCAGCAGCCCCGGACCCCCCGGUUCACCAACGAGCCCUACCCACUGUUUGUAACAUGGAAGAUCGGUCGAGACAAAAGAUUGCGUGGAUGCAUAGGUACUUUUUCUGCCAUGAAUUUGCAUUCAGGACUCAGGGAGUACACACUUACCAGCAGCCCUAGAUCUAGAAGUCUUCCCCAAAAUUUCUACCGGUCUGGUUUUUAUUCUUCUCAAAAUGCCCUUAAAGAUAGCCGUUUUCCCCCAAUGACAAGGGAUGAGUUACCACGGCUGUUCUGCUCAGUGUCUCUGCUCACUAACUUUGAAGAUGUCUGUGAUUAUUUGGACUGGGAGGUGGGUGUACAUGGCAUUAGAAUAGAAUUCAUCAAUGAAAAAGGAUCAAAACGCACCGCCACCUACCUACCGGAGGUUGCAAAGGAGCAAGGAUGGGACCAUAUUCAGACCAUAGACUCCUUGCUGAGGAAAGGAGGCUACAAAGCUCCGAUUACUAAUGAAUUCAGGAAAACCAUAAAACUGACCAGGUACCGUAGUGAAAAGAUGACCCUGAGCUAUGCUGAAUACCUUGCUCACCGCCAGCAUCAUCAUUUCCAAAAUGGCAUUGGGCAUCCCCUUCCGCCAUACAACCAUUAUUCCUGACACUGAGCCGCACAACCAGUCACUGGGCCUCUCUGCAGACCUCUUCCCAGGAGACCCUACCCCUUCUUGGUCUAGCUAUCUCUUUUACUGUACCAUUUUAUGAUGAUAGUUUCCGUUGCCAUGAUGAAGCUUGGACAUCGUCUGUUAAGAUCAUCAUGGUAACGGGUAGGAAAAUGGCAUUUGUUAAGAAGAUUCUGUUUUAUUAUUUUAGGUCAUUGAUUUUUUUUUUUUUUUUUUUGCAGCAUAUAUAACUUCUGGGGUUUUCUUUCCUCGCAAUUUUGCGUAGGAUUUUGCUUUGCUCUCUCAAUCAGGUUUCUGUCUUUCUGUCCUUCUUGCCUUCCUCCCUGUCGUCUCUCCUUCCUCCCUUCUGUCUUCUCUUCCCUCCUUCUUUCAACUGUGGAUGGAAGAAAUUGUGCAGUUUUUAAGGAUUUUAUUUAGGUUUUUCUUUAGUUUUCUUCAGUGAGAUAGAUAAUUUUUGAUAGCUGAGUUUGGGAGCAAUUCAUAUCAAAUUCAGGUAUUUGUAUAUGACUCUGGAAUUUGCCUACAAUUCAUUUUGCUAUGAGAGCUUAGUGUGUGGAUCUUCACUCCUUAGGUGUGUGUUUUUCCCAUGGUUGAAAUAUAUGAACUUUAGUUCUAGUAUAGAACAUUCGAAAGUCCAUGAUAGGGCUUGUCACAGAGAGUGAGAAACCAUUUAUGCCUAUUUUGCUGGUUAUCAUAGAAGAGACGGCCUCAUCACUUUAUAAAAUCAACUUACAAGCAAAACUACAACACUGUUUUAAGAAAGUGCAAGCUACCUUUCAAAUAUGCUACAGAAAUCAUUUUGAAGAGCAACAAAUAUCAGGAAGAGAGCAGAUACAGAAUUUAGUGCCUUUGAGAAGAAUUUACUUAAAUGGAAAGGAGAGAAGUUGGGGUGGGGAAGGCAAUUUAGAGAAAUAUUCUUAUAAAAUUUUAUUGUUUCUAUAUGUGAAACAGCAGAUGAGACAAAUUCCUUACUCUUAAGUAUUUUUUUAAGGUGAAAAAAAUUUAUUUUGAGCAAUUAACCAAAAAGAGACAUUUGUCUAUGAUAUAUUAAUUUAAAUUCGUUAGCUUUAGGUUUCAAGAAGUCAUGAUUGGCCAGAGGCAAUUCUAGCUACUAUUUAAAGAAAAUAGUAAAGAGAAUCUAGUGAAACAAAAGUUCAUAUAUUGCCAUGAUUUCAGAUUAUGUUUGUCCUGGGGACAAUACUGGAGUCUUUCUGCACUACAUACUUCUGAUAGAAACACCUUGACUGUGUUGGUAAGAUGUUAUGUCACACGUAUAAAAAUGGCAUUUAGAGAUGAUAUAGUCAUCAGAGCCCAGCCCGUUGGCCAGGCUGGUGUUCUUCCCCUGGUGCAUACAAAGAGAACUUCCUACCAUCAGUAGGAAGUCCGUGUGGACAUCCCCAGGAAAAAUGACAGAUGAUUCUGGAGAAAGAUUACCUUCACUUUACUAUAAUAACUGUGUGUGUGUGUGUGUGUGUGUGUGUGUGUGUGUGUGUGCAUGCCCACGCAUGUGUGUGGGUGGGUGUGUAAUUUUUUUUUCAAACAGGAAACUAUAUGUCAAAUGAGGAAUAGAAGUAUGGUGCAGAAUAUAUAGUCCAAAACUACGAGAUGUCACUGGAUAUCAAAAUGGCAGAGCUUAGGUGACAAGCGACAGACUGCUAGUUCAGAAAUCAAAAACCCUUUUCUAGCUUGCAAGGGAACUCCCUGAAUCCCUUCUGCUUGCCGCUGUGGCAAAGCACACCGCUUUAGUUUUUGAUGAGCAUUCUUAGAAGUUGGUUGGUAUUCCUUCAUCCACAGCCCCCGUUAUUGAAAUAACCAUUUUCAGUUGUGAUGCCUUAACUAAGAAGCCAAUUGUUAGCCUGAAAUGCAAUCUCGGUAGCCGGUUUCACUGAGCAUCGAGAUUAGUCACAGAAAGCUAGCUGUUGGUCUUUUGAAAGGGAUUUUGAAUCCUUUCGUUUCUACUUGGUAGCAUUUUGGAGCAGAUUAGUCUUUCAGUGUAAAACCAAGUGGCAACCUAAUAGAGACUUAUUUCUUGCCCUUAUAGGGAAACUGAGCACAAGCUGAAUGCUAUUGUCUGCUGCAAAAAAAAAAAAAAAAAAAAGGGUAAAUAAAACAAGCAAACUGAAAAGACAAAAUAGACCAAUAUUGACCCAUCCUAUCCAUCAUCUCAUCAAUUCAGCAGGCUCCUCGUCCUGGGUGAGCUCAUGGUUAGAAGUUGUUGUUUUUUUUUUAAGAAAAGAUCUAUGACAUACAUAUGUGUGUGUGUAUAUACAUAUACUUACACAUACAUACACACAUAUGUGUGUUUAUGUAUUUAACGGUGCUAAUCAAUCUUGAGCAGGUCACGUGACUGGUCAUGCGGACUCUAAAAUCAUAUCAGAUUUUUUAAAAUUCUUGAUAUAUGCAGAUGUUAUACAGAUUUUUCUUAAACCAGUGUAAUAAUGUUAUACUGAAGAAAUAACCAUCCUGCAGGCUUCAGAGGACGAGGUCAGCAAUAUUUCCCACCAUGGCUUGGGGGAAAAGGAUAGUUUUGUCUCCUUUUGUUUUCAAAUUAAUGCACAGUGCAUUUUUGUCUCUAGCUGUUGACUAAAAAGACUUUGUAGCUUUGUAAAGGGUGUUAUACAAACUGUAAUGGUGUGCUUCAAACAAACAAACGCUAGACCCUUUCACCUCUGUCGUAUACUACAAAGCUGUCAAAUAUGUGGUUUGAAUUCACUUCGAACAUGUUGAAAUAUGUAGCAUGUGUCUUUAACUCAGACGAAGAUUCUGAUUGCACAGGUUGUUUUAGCCAGUUGUGGUUUAUUUGUUCAGAAACACAAAUGUGAAUUGCACUCUUAUCACCAGAAUAUUGUAUAAGUCAACGAUCUUUAAACAGCUCGGAAGUAAUACUUGAACUUCAUUUGAGUAGCACAAAGUUUACACUGCCCCCCCCUUUUAAAUGUUAAUUAGUUCCAUUUCUGUUUUUUGUUUUUAAAUGCAACUGGGUAUUUUUCCUCUUGGAAAACAGUAACGCGUUUUACUUUUUGGUAUGUAGCAAAAGGCUUCCGUUUCUGGAAGGUUUUCUUGUUCUUAAACAAGGUUAGCCAGGUACCAGAUUCUAAAAGAACAAUUGUGCCCCCUCCCCCACAUUAAGUGGCCUUCUGACUGCACAAGAAUGUGCUACUACCCGCUUCACUCUCCCCUGCCGCAAGAGGUCGGUGUAUUUGAUGGAGGAAGUGCAAGGCUCGCUCUUCCCCCCCCCCCCCCCCCCCACCAACCCCUUGUAAAGCAGUUGUAAGAUUUUCAGCGCAGCACACACAGUCCCACCGCCCAGCACACCGGAAGUUUGUAUACUGGCCUCUUUUCAUGUCUUCAAAUGUGCAGGAAAUUUGAAACUGUCAUCUGGAAUAGGGCUCCGUCUCUUAACGUGUGUUAGAUCAAACCAAAGAAGCCCCCAGCCAUGCCCAAAUGCUGCUCUAAAAGCCUGCCUUCCAGUCCUUACAAAAACCUUGCAGGAUUAAAUGUGUUCACUUUUUUAUUUUUGUACAGUUUCUAAGUGAUUUUUGCUAGUGAUGUUAAAUGGAAUUAAGUUUAUUUGAGUGGUGCGAGCACCUCCUCCAUUGAAAUAAACUGGUGACUUUCCUUUUAUUUUUUAAAAGCAGAAACCCAUUGUGUGCCUCUCGAUUUAAGGGUUUCCGAUUACAUUAUUAAGACCAGCAUCGAUCCUUUAUAUACAAAGAUAUGUGUUCCUUGUUUUUUAUUACUGUUUCAGAAGAAAAGAAGCCUUUUAUUUUGCUCUGGACCCAGUAACUGCGCUGGUACAUAGACGCACUGAGAAAAUAAA